CCCAUCCCACCCUCUUCACCAUCAACUACUCAUCAUGGCUCCAAAAGUUCACUUCCUGCGCGAGAAACAGGAGCAACGGAAGCCGCGCACUCAGUGGACAAUGUGUGUGGCGUACCUCCAAGAAGAUGGAAGCGAAAUUGUUUACGACCGAAUUCCGUCAUUCACCAAGGUCGAAACGGAUAGCCAUAUUGGCUUCCAUCAAAAUCACAGGGUCGUCAUACGAAAUUGGCGACUGUGUCGCGACGACUACCGCAGCCCUGACACCAUCAAACUUUUGAUGAGGGAAGUCAACGAAUGGAAACAGUUCAGACAUCGUCACAUAGUAAAAUUCGUCGGUCUGGCGGAUACACUCGCCUACAUUCCCAGCAUCGUAUAUCCGUAUUACAAGAAUGGGAAUAUACUUCAGUACCUCGAGAAGAACCCGAGAGCGGAUGUGUUACGUCUACUACACGGCGUGGCGAGUGCUCUGGCUUACAUGCACACGCGCGAGGUUCCUGCCAUUCAUGGCAGCGUGAAAUCAACCAAUGUUCUGAUUGACGAUACCGGCGAAGCACUUCUUAACGACUAUGGCAUGACCCGCGUGCCCGACUUUGCCAUCCAUUUCGCUCGCCCGACCAAUCUUGUAUUUCAGGAAGCCCGAUGGCUAGCACCUGAGUUCUUCAACUACGAGCUAGUGCAGAACGACAGGAUGGGUUCGACACCGGAAACCGACACGUACAGCUUCGGCAUGCUGUGCCUGGAGGUGUACACGGGCCAAAAACCAUUCGCAGAACGUCGGUUCCAUGCAGACGACAUGCUCGACGUAGGGAGGGGGGCGCACCCGCUACGUCCAAAUCCAGACAAGUACCCCUUGGUUACAGACGACAUCUGGGAUAUCAUGCAGGCUUGCUGGCAGCUGAAGCCGGAGAACAGGGUAAAAAUGCCCGUGGUCAAGGAAUUGUUCGCCCUCCAGCGGAUUAUGCAGGCCAUCGAGACACCCUCAGGGAAGUGAUAAAGCGUACAAUUGGGUAGGUAUAUGAUACGGUUAUCUUAUUUUUCUUCCUUCCUCCAAAUGCGGACCCGAUUUUCCCUGUGUAAUAUACCCCUGUGGAACGACGACAUACCCGCUGUAGAUACUG